AUGCGCGAUCUACCGAAGCUUCUUCUGCCGCCGGAAGAUGUUGAAUCGGGAGCAGUGUUCGCGAGGGAGGAUCAACCCCUGAGAAACGGGAUAGAUUCGAGGUCACCGAUUGUUUUCACACCGGAUUCGAGCGGUUCCGCCAAGUCACCGUUUCGGUUCGACUCACCACGAUCAUCUGGAAGAAGGCCAGCUUCUUAUUUGAACCGUGCGGGUUACAAAAAGCCUCGAAAACGGGCAAUCUUUAAAAACGGCUACUGCAAUGUGAGUGCGACGAAGGUUCCCCAUCAGCAGAUACGGUUCUUGCAGGACAUUUUCACAACACUCGUCGACGCUCAAUGGCGCUGGACGUUGCUGGUGUUUGCGUUGGGAUUUGUAGGCUCUUGGCUGCUGUUCGGUGCACUGUACUGGUUGAUCUCUUACAGUCAUGGUGACUUCGAGGAGGGUCAUCUGCCUCCCGUUCAAGCCGAGCACAAUUGGACACCGUGUAUUUCCAACAUCUACUCGUUCACGUCCUGCUUCCUGUUCUCACUGGAAACCCAGCACACGAUCGGAUACGGGUCGCGGGCGAUGGAGGAAGAGUGUCCGGAGGCGGUCUUCGUCAUGAGCCUCCAAUCCGUCCAUGGCGUUAUGGUGCAAGCGUUCCUCGCCGGAAUAGUGUUCGCCAAAAUGGCCCGUUCGAAAAGGCGAGCACAGACACUACUCUUUUCGAGGAACGCCGUCAUAUCCAUGAGAGAUGGUGAGCUGUGCCUUAUGUUUCGCAUCGGCGACAUGCGCAAAAGUCACAUCAUCGGUGCAAACAUUCGUGCCCAACUGAUCCGGGGUAAAGUUUCGGCCGAAGGAGAAUCGAUGCCGCAGUACCGAACCGAGCUGGAACUAAGCUCGGACGACUGUUCGUCGGAUGUGUUCUUUAUCUGGCCGCAGAUUGUGGUGCACCGGAUCGACGAGAAGUCCCCACUGUACGGUUACUCGGCCGAAGACAUACUGCUGGAGCGGUUCGAGAUUGUGGUGGUGCUGGAGGGCACUGUAGAGUCGACCGGACAGACGACCCAGGCGCGGACAAGCUACGUUAAUACCGAAAUCCUCUGGGGACAGCGAUUCGAGCAGGUGCUGAUGUACAACGCAGAUAUUCAAAGCUACGACAUCGAUUUCUCAAAGUUUAACGAAACGGUCGCCCAAACGACACCACGAAUGUCGGCGAAGCAGUUGAAGGAAUGCUACAAACUGCCACUGAAAGGACGAUCCUGUGAUCCACUGAUGGGCGUCGAGUUGAGACUUUCCCAGAUGGGGAUGGAAAACGAACGUGUUAAUCCGCAUUUCCUUUUCCCGAUGUUUGAUCGACGACGGUCUCGUUCAUCGACCGAAUUGUAA